UAUUUUGGAAUGUUUACCGGAAGUCCAUUUAUUUAUCUUCCGUUAACUAACGUGCCUCUCAACUAUGGAUGCUAUGCGCCAUUGUAGCUAUGCUAGUAGCAACAGCAACAACACCCAAACUAGUUAAGAGGUCCAUCAAACUUGUUGUUUUCGAAAUUAGGAACACACACCAACAUUGUCGUAAGCAUAGCUUUGUAGUCGCUGGUAGAUGCGUUUACAUUGACUUAGCUACAGUUAAACUCUGAGGCCAUAUAACUGACUAGCUAGCUAACUAGCCUAACGUUAGCAGUUUUCUUGUCUUGACCGUGGUAGAAAGUGUUUUUUGGUACUAUAACGUUAGAUACUCCUGCUGAUGGUAAAUAAGCCAUGGAGGGUCCAUCCUCUUAUGUACCGGCCACCCGGGACCGACAGCUGUGGCCGGCGGACAGGAGAGAGUCUGGCGGUGAUGCGGAGUCCGACCGGGACAUAAAAACACACUUUCGUGUCUGUCGCUUCAUUAUGGAGACAGGAGUGAAGCUGGGUAUGCGCUCGGUGCCUGUGACCACGGCGUGUGUGUUGUACCACCGUUUCUUUGAACGUGUCAGCCUGCAUGCGUAUGAGCCCUACCUGGUGGCCAUGAGCUGUGUGUACCUGGCUGGCAAAGUGGAGGAGCAGCACAUCAGGACCCGUGACAUCAUCAACGUAAGCCAUAGGUAUUUCAACAGUGGCAGUGCUCCUCUGGAGUGUGACAAGGAGUUCUGGGAUUUGAGGGACAGCGUGGUGCAGUGUGAGCUCCUUAUCCUCCGACAGCUCAACUUCCACGUCUCCUUUGAACACCCUCACAAGUAUUUACUCCACUACCUGCUGUCUGUGAAGUCGCUCGUGAACCGCCACGCUUGGUCUCGAACCCCUAUCGCUGAGACUUCCUGGGCGUUGCUUAGGGACUGUUACCAUGGAGCCAUGUGCAUCCGCCACACACCACAGCACAUUGCCAUAGCAACGCUGCACCUGGCUCUGAACAGCUACGGAGUGGAGCUGCCUGUCGGGGAGAGAGAGUGGUGGCAGGUGCUGUGUGUGGACGUGACCAAAGCGGACAUCGACGCUGUGAUCUCUGACCUUCUUCAACUCUACGACAUGGAGGCCAAGUGCAUCUGAAUGACACACCUACGAGGCCCCCACAUGGGAGACCCAUGAGAGUCGUUUUUGUCUCUCUGUGUGCGUUUACGUGUUUGUGCGGCACGAACAUGUACGCCCGUGCGUAUGUCGUCCGCUGCACGCUAGUGUCGGGGGUUCAGGUGCGAUUGUGUAAGAGAAAGGAACACUUUGUAUCGCCCCAGUUAGUCUGCGAGCUGUGACCAAAAAAAACAAACAGCCCUGAACUACCGAUUCCUGCCACCGUGGGGAGAUAUUUCUCUCUGUCUGGUCUCUGAUCACCCAGCCCUGCAGAAUACUGAUGUGCUCUGGGAUAUAUCAUCAGCACAAACACAUCCUAGCACUCAGCACCAGAAAUCUCUUCACACUCCUCAUGCAUGCGAAUGGUGACUGCAAUUAGACAUGUAUUAUGGAGUGGCAUUGUCCUAACACAUUUCUGCAUCAGCAGAAUACUGUAAUUAGAUGAGUUUUAGUCUUGAUUGUAUGAUUAGAAUAAAGACCACCUUGCUGCAUAUUUGAUUUUCAAACCUUCCCAUAUGAAUGCAUUGAUUGGCUAAAUGACCUCUUUAUCUUAAGGGGUCCUGGUGAUUAUAGUGGGAUACCUCUUGGUUUACUAAGUCUUGUCUUGUGUGUUUUUACAGCGCAGCCAUUCCCAGAGGUAUUUUCAUGAAUAGGUAACAAGACCGUUUGUACUUUUUUAGCGGUGGACCAAGCAGAUGAAUAUGUGUGUAAGUGAUCUGCUGUAUGUUUUACACCAGGGGUCUGCAACCUGCGGCUCCGGAGCCCCUCUCCAGCGGCUCCCUGUGGCUUUGACAAAAAUGAUAUGGAAAUUAAUAAUGUUUUAUUUUUAAUUUUUUUAAAUUUCAUGUAUUAUUAUUUUGUAUGCCUCAAGUGAUUCUUACAUUCUCCAUUUAGGCUGCAUAACAUUUUGGUGCCUUAUCCUCUAAAUUUUGCCAAACCUCAAUGGCGGUCUUGAGUUCCCAUAGACUAGCUUUGGAUUACAAAUCUCUCAAAUGACUCUUGAUGAUAGAGGUUGCUGAUCCCUGUUUUAGAAUAAUGUUUCUGCGGUUACAAUGAAUUUGUACUGUGUAUUGUUCAAAAUUGAACAUCCUGAGCUAUCCUGUUUCAAGGAUAUACCUGGUGAUAUUCUAUAUUAUCUUCUUGUCAAUAACUGCCAUAAAAAAUAACGAUAUUCACAGGUAUAGUCGGUGUAUGAAAGCCUGUUGUAUUUUCUCCUUCUGUGUCACCGCUCCGUCGUCAUUAAAAACACAUCAAUGAGCCACACUGUU